AUGGAUGAGUUAUUGGCUAGAGCUGGAUCUCAGGCUGUCACGUUUGCUGUCAAAUCAGGGGUGUCGUUGGCCUCCUCAUAUGCUAUUAAAACCAUAAGUAACUUUCUAAUUCAAAUACCUAGUGCUGAAUCUCAGAAUUUUCUAGAGUUGAAAAUAGAAUUAGAAAAUAGAAUAGAUAUAGUUUCUUCUGCAAUUGAUUUAAUAAAAUUGGUGGCGGCACGCGGUAAUACCAACCUGCAAAGUACGCUAAAGAUUACUGAAAACCUGAAACAAGAGAUUAAUCAGUUUGAUAGUAACAUUCAGAAACUAUUGCAUGCUAUUGAAGAUUCAAAACUUCAAAAAUCUAAAAACGAAGCUAUCCAUGAGGCAGAACGUUACAUAAAAGAUCUUCUAAGACGAAUCCAGGAAAUAACGCCAUAUAUCAACCUGGCAUUAACUACCUCAGGUGCGAAUCUAAGUUCAGCAUUGCCUAAAACUAUAUCUCCAGGAUUGUUAUUGAAAGCUUCAAAUUUUAUCUGCCUUAAUAAUGACAAAUUCUCAGGGAAUCCCAAAUCUAGUCACCAAGUCGGACCAACUUUUGAGAUUACAUUAUUUUCAAUCUUCUACAAUAUCAAUUCAAAAGAUCAUAUUAAUUGGAAAGAAGACAUGAAAAGAGCUUUUGUGAAAAUAUACAGGGUUCCAAGUGAAGAAGGAGAUGAUUCUUUCAAAUAUAAUUUAUCGAUAAAGCAGAGUUUCAAUGAUGAAAGGUACCACAAUGUAGAAGAUGGGGAAGAAGUUCCUAGAAAUAUUUCUCUUGAAACCCAAAAGAUUGAAAAGAUAUUCUUUAGUGUUUCUGGAAAAUUAUUAAAACUGGAAGAGCAUGAUUCAGCUGUACUUAUUUUGAAAGUAGACGAUAAAAAGGAAGAUGAAUCAGGUAGAAAAACAGAAAGCACCAUUAGUUGGUAUGCACUCGGAGGUUAUGAACCUGGUGUUGACAAUAGCAAUAAUUCUGAAGAAGAGGAGAUAGAGGAUGGUAUACAAGAAACCCAAAACACUGAUACAGUUGACUAUUCAAAAUCUAUUGGCCUAAUGGAGUAUAUUAUAAGGCUGACAUCUCUGCAACAAAACGAUCAAAAUAACAUUCUUUCAAUUAAUGAUGAGCGCUUAGCACUAUAUCUCCAUGAUGAAAAUCCAAAUUCAAUCAAAAAGGGAGUGUUAGAUAUUAACGAGGUUACCAAGAAUUUAAAGAAAGUAAGUUUACAGGGCAAUAUUUAG